AUGCCGUCAAACCUGUUUACGCCUAUCCAAGUUGGCAAUUGCCAUCUGCUCAACCGCAUCGUGUUUGCGCCAUUGACUCGGUGCAGAAACGUCAAGACUGUGCCUUCCGAUCUGCAAGUGACCCAUUAUGCCCAGCGCGGCCAAGAUCCGGGCACCCUGCUGAUCUCAGAGGCUACAAUGAUCUCGGAAAAGUCCGGAGGAUACCUGGGUCACGAGAACCUGCCUGGAAUUUGGUCUUCCGAGCAAACCGAAGGCUGGAGAAAGGUAGUCCAGGCCGUCCACGAUGCCAAAUCGUUCAUGUUCAUCCAAUUGUGGGACCUGGGACGGGCUUCUGACCCCGAAACUAUCAAGGCGCUCGGCUACGACCGAGUUUCAGCCUCUGAUCACUACACCGAAGACGGAAAGAACUUUGUGCGCGGCCUGGAAGUGAAGGAAAUCAAGGAACGGGUGGAUUUUUAUGUCCAGGCUGCCCAGAACGCCAUCCAGGCGGGCGCUGACGGAGUGGAAAUCCACGCUGCCAACGGAUACCUGCCAGACCAGUUCCUGAGAUGGAACACAAACACUAGAAACGACGAAUAUGGAGGCUCGGUGGAGAAGCGAGCCCGGUUCGUGUUUGAGAUUGUGGCCGCUGUGGUGGCUCAAGUCGGACAGAAGAAGACAAGUAUCAGACUGAGUCCCUGGACGCGGUUUGGAGACAUGGCUGUGGACGAGCACAAGUCACGUGAACAGUUUGAGUACGUGGUCACCCAACUCCAGACCCAGUACCCCGAUCUGGCGUACAUUCAUGUGAUCGAGGGACGAACAGAUGGCCAUCAGGACCUCGAGGUUCCCCAGUGGAUGAACAAUGACUGGAUCCAGAAUAUCUGGAAGGGUCCUAUUAUUCGAGCUGGAGGAUAUACUCCUGAGAGUGCUGUUGCCGAGGCUCAGACUAACGAUCGAACCCUGGUGGCUUUUGGACGGAUGUUCACUUCGAAUCCUGAUCUUGUUGAUAGAGUCCGUCAUGGUAAGGCUCUCACCAAGUACGACAGAAGUACUUUCUACACUCAGACCGGUGAGGGUUAUGUUGAUUGGAAGAACGCCGACUAG